AUGUCUAGCGAUUUCGCUAUCUAUAUUCGAGACAAGCUUUUCGACAGCAAAACAUCUGUCGACCAUAAAAUCUUACAUAGUGUAAACAAGAAAGGUGAAUUUGUUCUAAAGUUCUGUUUCUGGGAAUAUGACAAGAACCAUAAAACAUUAAGCAGAGCAGUCUUAAAAUUUGUCAAUGACAGACUUGUUGACAGAGAUGACGCCGAUUGGAAAGAUGAAGUCCAACAAAAGUUCUUAGAAUGCAAAGAAGACACAUGCGCUGUUCUUGAAGAUGAAAUAGAAAACAGAAUAGAUGAGCUAUUAAAGGACAAAGAACUUUUACAUAAAUAUAGUUGCGCCAAAUUUGACAUAACUCCACCAGAAAAGAAGAAGAGAGAAAAAAAGAAAAGAAAGUAG